AUGGCUUGGCAGGGAGGAUCUUCUCGACUCCAACUUGUCCUGCCUUGGAAGGUCUUGAAACGUUUACCACAACAAGCACUUCAGUCCCAGGGGGGAUGCAGUACGCAAGCGGAGUCGCUGCUGCGGGGAAUUUGCACCUCUGUGGUCGUUGGAGUUCCCCAAGAGUUGGUUCCGAAUAGCGCGGCCAGCCACGCACCAGCACUGGUUGGCCUGGGUAUUGGCUACAGAUAUGGACGGAGCUAUUCGCUGUCUUUUGCACAGAUCACCUUGGAAUUGACUGUGGUGGUGCCAACGUCUGCAGGUCCAAAAGAGCUCUCCGUACAGUUCAGCCAGCUCUCAGAUUGCGAGCCCUCAUCGGCAGAUGCCUCCAAUGCCUGGAGCGACCUAACCGCAGCGUUGCCCUUGCGCUUCAACGACGCCGCGCUCCGCGUGCGCCGGAGGAAUCUGAAGAAGGCCAAGGAGACCCUAAGAAGCUUGCGCUAGCUGUGAUAGGCUCUGUGGAGACUUCUCACCAGUGCAGAGGGAAGUCCAAGGACGAAUCCCC